AUGAAGGUGAAGAAUGGUCUAAACAGAUAUCCAUUUCUUUCAAUGAUCAUGUUUCUGGCUCUCAUGCACAUUGGCCAUCUAACAGUACCCAUUUGGGCCAACCGAUCGCCUUACACGCCAACCGAUUACUUCCUAUUCGAAUGCCUUGCCUCCACAGCUGCAACUUUGUUAUCUAAUGGCCAGAAAUGGAGUCCCAAUAAUAAUUCUAAUUUUGAGUACUAUCCAUAUUAUGAGGUGUCCAAAGCAUCCCAAAUUUCAGGUGAUCCCAAAUCCCCUCAGUCGUUAUAUGCUUGCAUUGUUCGAAAGCAAUCUAGUUUCACAUUUGCAGUAUCUAGUAUUGGUAUGCAUUUCAUACGACUUCACUUCUAUCCAACUAGUUAUGAAGGUUUGAACAUGUCUAAAGCUUUGUUCUCUGUCAGUGUAGCCAAUUACACUCUUCUACGUACUUCAGAGUCCCCUUAUUCUAGCAAUCCAUCUGAUGCUAUAUAUAUCAUUAAAGAAUUUUGCAUUAACGUGGAUGAUUUGGUUAUUAACAUAACUUUCACUCCAUCAAGAAACUCCUCCGGUGCCUACGGUUUUGUGAACAAGAUUGAGAUAGUUUCAAUGCCCCAAGACAUCUAUUAUGUUAAAUGUUGGCGGGCAUUCAAUUUGGUGAUUAACGUAGCUUUCACUCCAUCAAGAAAUUCCUCCGGUGCCUAUGGCUUUGUGAACAAGAUUGAGAUAGUUUCAAUGCCCCAAGACAUCUAUUAUGUCCGCAGAGGUGAUGACCAACUGCCCUUCAUCGGGCAUCAUUCCAAGUUCUUCACUGGGAAUUCCAUAGCCCUGGAAAUGAUGUAUAGGUUAAAUGUUGGCGGGCACUCAAUCUAUGCUGAAGAUGAUACGGGCAUGUUACGAGCUUGGUCAGAGGACUUCUCGUUCCUUAUCAAUCAAAUCACUGAUACCAUUCAUCCAAAAGUUAAUAUCAAGUAUAGUUUGUCAGUGCCUGCAUACAUUGCGCCACAGCAAAUCUAUGCUACAGCUAGAACCAUGGAGGACAACGGGCAUUGUAAUAUGACAUGGCUAUUCCCUCUUGAAGGCAGUUUUUAUUACCUUGUUAGGCUUCAUUUCUGCGAGGUCAUGAAGGAUAUUUGGCAAGACAAUCAAAGGGUUUUUCAAGUUUAUUUAAAUGAUCAAAUUGUUGAGAAUUAUGCAGACGUGAUACACUGGAGUGGUGGAGUCGGCGUUCCAGUGUACAGAGAUUACAUUGUUAAUGUCACAAGAAAUAGCCAAGAGAUGUUUCUGUCUUUGGCAUUAAAGAGCACAGAAAGUCUGAAUGGGGCAAUCUUAAAUAGCUUGGAAAUCUUCAAGCUAUCAGACCACGCCUACAAUCUUGCAGGGCCAUUUCCAUUUGGACAGAGAACACACCCAUUUGGAAUGUCAAAUAGAUUAUUACAGAAUCAUCCAAAGAUAGUAUUCAUUCCAUUUUAUACUUUGGUUGCGUUAACAUUUCUAUGUUACAUUUUUUUGCUAUUUUUGAUCAGGUGGUUCCCAUUUCACUCUAAUUUGCAAAGGAGAACUUUCAAAUUGGCGUCAUCAGAUCAUUGUCGUUACUUCACACUUGUUGAGAUUAAAUCAGCUACAAAUAACUCCUCUGACGCUAAUGUAAUUGGUGCUGGUGGAUUUGGAAAAGUCUAUAAGGGGUACAUCGAUGGUUCUAUUGCGAUAAAGCGUGGGAGUCCAACCUCACAUCAAGGUCUACACGAGUUCCACACUGAAAUCACCAUACUAACUAAACUCAAGCACAACAACCUUGUCUCUCUAAUUGGGUAUUGCGUCGAUGAAAAAGAGAUGAUAUUAGUGUAUGAAUUCACGGCUUAAGGUACCUUACGCGAUAACCUAUAUAACACCCAGAAUCCCCCACUUCAAUGGAAGGAGAGACUCAAGAUUUGCAUUGGUGCUGCACGGGGGUUACACUACCUUCAUGCUGAUGCAAAGCAGACCAUCAUUCACCGUGACGUGAAGAUGACAAAUAUUCUCUUAGAUGAGAGUUGGGUAGCUAAGGUUUCAGGUUUGGGGUUGUCCAAAUUUGGGCCUAAAAUCAUGUCUUGCACUCAUGUUAGCACUGCAGUGAAGGGUAGUUUCGGAUACAUGGAUCCAGAAUACUGCCGUUGUCAAAAGUUGACAGAAAAGUCAGAUGUGUACUCUUUCGGUGUGGUAUUGAUGGAAGUAUUGUGUGCCAGACCAGCAGUCUUACCAAUGGUGAUGGAAGAAGAGGAAGACAGGCAAGAACAAGCCAACUUGGCUGAGUGGGCUUUACAUUGUCAUCAAUUAGGGACCCUUCAUCAUAUUAUAGACCCGUUUUUGAAGGAAAAGAUUGACCCAGAAUGUUUCAAGACAUUUGUGGAAUUAGCAAAGAAGUGUUUGGCAGGUAGAGGAUGUGAACGACCCACGAUGGGCGAUGUGUUGUGGUACUUGGAAUUAGCACAGCAACAA